AUGGAACCUGUACAAGUUAAUGGACUGCCACUCUCACUGAAGGAAGUACCUGAAGAACAUAUAUCAACCAUUUUGUAUAAUUUGCGAAAGCACAUACCGGAAACUGUACAUGUCCACGAAUAUGCUUGCAUGCUUCUCAAAUACAAGAGGGCAAAUCCAGACCUUGAGAUAUUUUUUUGGGCUCCUGGAGGCGAUUACAGGCUUGGUAUAAUAUUUUUCCAAUUACAAGAAAGAAGCCUUAUUGGUUCUAUUUAUUGUGAAAAUGAAGAGGCACGAAAGGCAAUGGAAACAACAUUGAUGUCGACUACAUUGAAUCUGCCGUUGAGGCCGAUGACAUUGUUAUCUGGUUUGACCAGUAAUUCUCACCUAGCUGCUAAACCUUAUAUGGAUAAAAACAGUUGGUUUGAUUCCAGAGGUAAAAUUUACUGGAUGCCAUGGUCCACUGCUAAGGAGCUUCAAGUUCAUUUACCUGAAGGAGUGGAAAUCAGAGAACUAAAUCCAGAACAUUCUGACAUAAUAGACAUAGAAUGGCCUCAUAGUUUUCCAGGAUCUAAACAAAUGCUCGAAAGACAAAUCAGAUAUAAUUUCGGUCUUGGAGUAUUUCGUGGAGAUGAUUUGCUAUCCUGGGCAAUUCAAUUUUACUAUGGAGGGAUCGGAGCUGUCCAAACUCUUGAAAAUGAAAAAAGAAAAGGUUACGGCAAAGCUGUUGUAGAAGCUAUGACAAAAAAACUUGGCGAAAUGCAGAAAGAUGUACACUUAAAUAUAGUAGAAGGAAAUGAAACCAGUGAAGCUUUUUUCAAGUCAUUGGGCUUUAGGUUUGCUUAUGAUUCACACUGGGUGGGCAAGAAUUUCAAUAUUACUCACACAAGUCUUUCCUGA